GCGUCUUUAAUAGCUUCCAGAUUUUUAAUAAUUCAACUCUUCAAAUUAUUCUUCCAAUAACCCUACUUACAAGUAGCUUUAAUAUUAUUCCAUAUUUCUCUUUUCUAUCAGCCUUUGAAUUUUUGACUUCUUAAUCCUACUUACCUAGCUUACCUAUUUAAAACUAAACUAUAGCGCUAUUUCUCCAAUAACUUCAAACUUACCUACGAGUGUAAUACAUGUUAAAAUGAAUUCUGAAUUGUGUUUUAGGACUAAGGCAGCAUCUAUAGCUGAGCCGACCAUCACUCACGGGUCCUUGCAAAUACUACAAGAUGUUAGCCCUACCAAACCCAUCCGUCAUAAGGAGUCAGUACCCGGCGCCCCGCUCUCCCUGCUCGGGGUUCGCGGGCUCCGCGACGAGCCGUUACACCGCUCGGCGCACUGCCUCCCACAGACCCCACACAGACCCCGCGCCAACCCCACUCUACAGGAGCUAAUAGGCACAGUGAGCGCGGGCGGCUCUGAACCGGAUCUGAAUGCAGUGCCGUCCGGAGCGCCGUCUAUCAUCGAUGCCAGCGCCACCUCUAGUGAGGAUGACAGGCCUAAGGAGAAAGAUAAAACUGACCUCCCACUUAUGUUCGCGUUCGGAUACGCUUGUGUGAGCGAGAGAUCUGAUAUGAUGCUUUACGACUGA